AAGAAUUCACAUACAUAGCUGCGGCGUUUUGUUCAUAUAUUUCAGUCUAUUUAUUUAUUAUAUUACAAAUGUUAAGUAGAUCGCAGAAAUGUUUUUAUAGCGUUUUAAAAAGGGUGCCUGAGAAAAGAUUCUUCCACUAUUCUCUGGUGAAUUGUAUCGGUGUACCAAACGUUAUUUACAGCAAUAAGAAUUCGAGGAAAGACGCUCGAAGUAAACAAACGGAAAACACUGCCAAAAUUAAAAAUGAAGACGAUCCAAUAUCAUUGGGGAAGGUAUUCUUCGAAACGAGAAAGGCUGAAGUUGAAAAAUUUAAGCAAAACGCCGACACACAUCCCUAUCCACAUAAAUUCAAUGUUACUCUUUCGUUGGAAAAUUUCAUUGAACAAUACAAUAAUGUUAUCUCGGAUGGUGUAACGUUGGAUGUCACAGUGAGUGUCGCUGGUCGUAUACACUCCAUUCGAAAUUCUGGUGCAAAAUUGAUUUUCUACGAUUUGCGCGGCGAAGGCGUCAAAAUUCAAGUGAUGGCCAAUGCUCGUGGUUAUGUCAACGAAGAUGAAUACGCUGCGGACACUAAUAAAAUUAAGAGAGGCGACAUCAUCGGAAUUGAAGGUUCACCGGGUAAAACUAAGAAAGGCGAAUUAUCAAUUAUUCCCAAGAAGGUAAUUCAACCUCUAUUUAGAAUGAAAUAUAACUGGUAGGUGAA